AGAGGAGAGGAGUGAAAAAAAUCAACAAGGUCAAUUCUCAACUUUAAGGUGCAUAUGCAUAGCAUUCCGUGUUCCUCCUUACCCCAAAAUGUCAUUCCCCCUUUUGAAUACAGGAGAAAAGGAGCUUCAUUUUACUUAUCGAAAGUUAAUCUUUAUCAAACACGAGAAUUACUUAUCAUCAUCAUCAUCAUCUUAUUUUUUACACCAAACUCGCCCAUUUCAUCAUAUUGUAUGAUCUGUAUCUGUUCAUCCUCUACUAGGGUCAUAGAUUUUUGGUUCUUCAUAUCGGUUUCACUCCACGCACUAUAAUAAGCGUAAAAACGACCCGAAUAAAUGUUGUUUUCCAAGAUGAACAUACCCACCUGGACCUGCUCGUCGGGUAACAACAAGAUCAACAUGUUGAACGUGUUGUCGAAGAUGAAGAACAUGAUGUCUCCGCAGACCCGCAAACACAGCACCUCCGCCCCAGCCAAGGACAAGAUGCACCGCAACAAGAUGCUCGUUGUUCGUGCAGGAGGAGGACUAUAUUAUUCGAGCAACAUCUUCUCCAUCUCUACCAUGAUCUUCACCAUGUUGUGGAUCUACUUCUGGUUCUGGACCACGAUGAUGUUAAGGGUAGGUUAACGGUGUAGUUCUUGUUACUGUUCGUUUUGCCUUCCUGAACGGGGAACAAAGGCAUGACGAACGGGGUACUUAUACGAACACCAAAAACCUACCUCUAAUGAUGCUCCAGCCAGCGUUCGGCGUUGUGAUAGGAGCUACGGAGGAAAGCAUCACCUCGGGCCUACCGCAGGAUAAAAAUGGAAAAUAUCUUUAAGUUGUCUAGUCAGUUCUCACUCAGGAGCAGUUACUUUCUAAUUAUAGAUGUCGUGUGUGAGAACAACUGUGUGAGGCACUUGUUCUAGGGACUGUGCAGCUGUCAGGGAUACAAACAGACAGUGAGCUACCGUCCGUAUCCUGAGUGAAGUCGUUUUUCCUCUUGCUAGAUUUCUUCCAAGGGGACUUCAUCAAGAGGAAAUACUUCAUCAAGAGGACCAAGAAGGGAAGCAACUCACUCACUCACUGACUCACUCACCUAUUUAGAAACCACAGAUAGUGACUGGCUAGUGCUGCUAAUGUACGUACGAUUUCAAUACAAUAACCCCGGAGCAAUGGCUAACUGGGUGGAAGGAGUACAUCAAGAAGUAUCACGAUUGCUUCGGGUCGACUUCAGGCUUACUGGCCAAGACUUCACUUUCGAAUCUUGUCGAAGUUGCUCAGGAAGCCCAACAACAACCUGCAUCACCUUCAUCUUCUUCCAGUUCACCAUCUACUACUUGGACAACGACGAGGACAAAGAAGACGUCAGCUGCACGCGAAGGAGAACAGCUACCAGCACCUAAAGACAAUGAGACGCCGACACAAAGAAAAAUACUACCAGGUAGUACUACAAACAAGAACUUGUUCAAGAAGAUCACAUCAAAAAUCACCCCCGCUCCCGAAGUAUAUCGAUUAGACGAAGCAGACUCGACGUCAGACGAUGAGUCGUCGGAAGUGGAUCCAGACACAUUUGAUUCCUGCUGUGAAACUAAGGGACAAUGGCACAAGCUUUUUCUUCGAAGUUUUCUACGUCGCGACGAGAAACGUCGCGCGAAAGAAGAACGAAAGAGAGAGCGAAGAGCCCUAGUGUUUUCGGACGCGAUGCGCGCCGUAAGGCAGCAUGACCUGGGAUCUCGAAGAAGUGGUGCUGAACCUGGAGGUGCUUCGUCGAGCUGCUCUUUCAAUAGUGCGGGUCCGUUUGGCAAGAACUGUGUCCUGGCACUUCAAGAAAAGUUCCGAGUAUGGGAGAAGCAGGAGCAGGAGAAGAGCAUGGUUGUUGUUUUCGAUUUCCUAUUAUUAAGGGUUUCCGAAUUGCAUUCCUCACCACCAUCCCUGACCCUUUUCCUAGUAGAAAAGAGGCCAGGGAAGAUGUUGUGAAGAAUAUAAUUCCGUAACCUCUAAUAUCACUCGUAAUGAAACUAGCGCAACUGAAGUACGAGAGGUUCGCCGAGGCGUUCUUUAGGACAGAGGCAGGGCUUGUCUGUCCCCAGGAAGAGAGAAUUGCGAACCUAGUCCAGGAAUUUCACGAAAAAGAAGUCAUGCGCCUUCGGGUCGGAAUCUUUCCUCUUAAGGCCCCUCUGAUUUUUACCGUAGUUACAACGAACUUGCAUCAACUACGGGAUAAUAUUAAUUCAACCAUUUUUAUACAACAGUAUUUCGUCUAA